ACGCAUAAUAUUUUGACCGAUCGAUUACAAAAUUUUACCUUGUAGUUAUUUGUUUUCUAUCAUUUAACGAGAUUUAUAACACUCUUAAAAUAUAACUGGGUGAGUACUGAUCUAUGAUUAUAGAUGGUUGAGCAAAUUAAUAGAAGCGUGUACUCAACGUGUAAAAUAGAUGAUGGCAGACAUCCCAAUAAAAAUUAUAUAACGGAAAUAACGCACGCAGUGGAAAUCACAUCGCGAUGCCACUUUAAGUAAAUCAUAAAAUUGAAUGAUAUAAAAAAUCUAUGAUUUGUAUAAACAUGCAUUACAUACCUUUAUCGAUAUUUACAUUUAAAAGUAAAAUAAUACAUUAUAUACAUAGUGAACUGCGAAGUUUUUCUGUUUACUUUAUAAUAUAUAUAAAAUACCGGCUGCACUGUAUUUCUUAGUUUUUACCUACCGAUAAGAAUUUAUAUACUUCUUAUACUCGAAUUUUAAAAAUUGGAUAGUUAUUAUUUCAAAGCAAUAAAUUUAUGAUUUUUGCUUUUUGUAUCAAUUACUUAUUAUCAAAAUACUCAAUUAUUUACGGAAUCUUAAAAUAGGCUAUGUUGAACAUCACAUUAUCAGUACUCACUCGGUAGGUUUUGUAAUUAAUAUAAGUUCUUGUAUAAACAUUUUAUAUAGCGGUGUAGGCUAAUCAUACUUAAACUAGUGUUUCAUAUUAAUGCCCCAGUAUAUUUCAGUUAUUUCUAGUAAACAAUUAUAAUAUAAUAAAAUAUUGGGAAUAUUUUAUUUAUGCAUAAAAAAUGCAUAAUUUCCAGGUCAACGAGAAAUUAUUGCCAAUAAAUAAUGAAAAGGUAUGCAUUGUUUUUCAGCUGUGGCUGAUUGACAAGAAACUUUUGCCGAUGAAAAUUCAUUUCUUUUUAUCAGUCGGUGGUGCUGCUCCGAUAUUUCCAUUCUUGACAACUAUAUCGAUGCAACGAGGAUAUUCGUCUGUCAUCGUUGGUUUAAUGUUCACAUUAUUUACAAUUCCGGCCCUAUUAAUACGACCUGUCAUCGGCACCAUAACCGACAAAUACAAAUGCCGCAAGACUGCAUUAAUUUUAACCAUAGCAAUGAAUUGUCUAGCUUUAUGUGCACUGAUGUUUAUACCGGGCACCCACGUUGAAAAAGAAAUUGAUGACAACGAUGUUAUCAAGUCACCGUUGUUUUGGUUAUUUUUCAGCACAAUAGCUAUAUGGCAUACGAGUGGCAACGCGGAAUUCGUUUUGGAGAAUACAAUAUGCGUUGCUCUAUUAGGUGAAAAUAUUCAUAAAUUCGGCAAACAGAGAGUUUGGGGAGCAGUUGGUUGGGGCACGACAUCUUUUCUAUGCGGCGCGGUUGUAGACUGGUUCAGUAGAGGUCAAGACUAUAAAAACUAUACUCCUGGUAUGAUAAUAGCAUUGGUAAUGAACAUUUUAGAUCUAUAUGUUGCAUCAAAAUUUGAGGAUGUUCAAAAUAGGGAUAAAGAAACUGAUACAGGUGAUAUGAAACAAGUAUUAACAAAUAUAAGAGUGCUGUCAUUUAUUUUCUGGGUUGUAGUUUUUGGAUUUUUAAAUGCCUUUGUGUGGCAUUAUUUAUUUUGGUAUAUGGAAGACCUAUCGAGAAUGUACCAUCCCGAAACGAUAUCGUACAUAAAGACGUUAGAAGGGUUGACUCAGACAAUUCAAUGUUUUGGUGGAGAAGUUCCGUUUUUCUUCCUGUCCAGCUAUAUUCUCAAACGAGUGGAUGGCAUGAAAGUGUUUUCUUUGAUGUUUUUUGGGUUUGCAGUUAGAUUUUUUCUGUAUUCAAUUAUUAAAAAUCCGGUUUGGGUAUUACCAGUCGAAUUUCUAAAUGGCUUAACGUACGCAUUGGCUUAUGCGGCAGCAACUUCAUACUCGGCUGAGAUAACUCCUGUCGGUGCUGAAGGAACACUUCAAGGCAUUGUCGCAACGGCUUUGUUGGGAAUAGGAGCACCUAUUGGAAGUUUCGUGGGCGGAUUUAUGUUUGAUCGUUUCAGUAGUAUUACUUCGUUUGGAAUUUUAAGCGGUAUUGCAUUUGCAAUAUGCAUUAUUCAUAUUAUAGAAAAUCAAUUUAUAAAUCGAUAUUGUAAAGACAAAAAGUUCAAAGCAAAUUCGUCUCAUAUUGUUGAUCAUAAUGCAGUUGGCGAUGUUAAUGAUAAUUUAUGAGCUAAUUAAAUAUUUCGUAUUAUAUAAAUAAACAUACAAAAUUUUUAAUGAAUAUAAAACUAGGUACUUUAACUAGAAUAAUUAUUGUAAUUUUUACUUAUCAUAAAUAUUGAUGUUAUAACAAAAAUAUGAUAAAGAUAUUAUUGAAUAAGUAAUUGAUAUUAAAACACAAAUAUCCUUUCAUGGUUAUUUAUAGACAUAUAAAAUAAAAUAAAUACAUAUUUUUAUUUUAUAUUAUGCCUAUGGAUUUAUCUAUAGCGAAUGGAAAUUGCCAAAAAAAUUAAUGAUUUAAAUUAAGUAAAAAAAAUAA